GCUGCUUCAAUGAAACGGCCAGCUGUCGUCUCUCUACAAGCGCUUCCGUUCGUCUCAUUCGCAAUACUGCAGUGUCUCGAGCUUUGCACAAGAAAUCUGACCUGCUCGAGCAUAAAGCCAGGACUGUGAUCACUGUGAUCUCUCCGAGCACCCAUCGACACGUCCGGUGGCCGCCGGCAAGCCUGUCGCGAAGCGAAUCUGCAUCAAGGUUGUUUGGCGCGCAUCGAAACACAAGAAACCCCGCAUCUUUUGCGGACGGUCAAGAUGGCGCCUUUUCCAGAAGAAGUAGAUGUGUUUUCGGUACCGCAUUCGAGGAUGAAGCGGCUCGUCGAAGUGUAUAACGAGAAGCUGGGCUGCACGGACUUUGCCGACUACAGCGCUCUGGAGUCGCUCUUGCACGAGUUGUACCAGACGUUCCGCGAGUUCCGGUGCCACGAGCAGAUCGAGAACCAACUCAUCAUGACCAAGUUGAAGAAGAAGCUGAAGGCGCUCUCUAUUCACGAUUCGGCCGUCUGCAACUGCCACAGCGACAACCGUCUGUCAGAUAUUCUGGCGUUGGUUCGUGAUGGCUACUCUUGCACCAACAAGUCAGCAACGGAACGUGUCAACUAUGGCCUGAAGCUUCAGCAUGCCCUCAUUGAGUUCACCGAGAAAUUCUUGCCGCACAUGAAAGAAGAAGAGGAGGUCUUUCAGCCCAUGCUGAUACAGUACUUUGGGUAUGAAGAGCUCAAGUUGCUGAAGGAGCGAGUGAUUCGUGAGCACACCAAGUGGCAGCAACAGUGUUCACAGGAGAAAUGCCAUGUGGAACUUGAGAACAUCGACCAGAAAGCGGACAGCGAUGAAGACGACUCUGACGAUCUCCCAUCAUGGGCUGACAUGCCUCAGGAGAUUUUGCUCGACAUCUUCGCACGCCUGAACGCCCGCGACCGCUCGGUCUGCGGCGGCGUUUGCAAGAGCUGGUACAGCAUCUCUCGGGAGCCGGCCCUCUGGAAGGACCUGAUGCCCGUCCACUGGGCUCUGGGGUUAUGGGACCACGUACCACUGUGGCCAGACCCUUAUUACGAAAGCAAGCACAGCAAAGAGCAUGCUGAUGAAGACGCAGAUUUUGACGAAUCCGGCGGGAGCUCCUCCGAUGAGGAUUCGCCUUCAAGUUCAUCUGCAGACACCUUGAGGCGGGAGGCGAAUGUGCUGAACUGUCUGGUCAAGCACCUGCUGCCCAUCGUUGGCAGUGGAGUCCGAAAAGUUGUACUUGCCACUUCUCAUGCCCUCAACAGCCGCUUGUUAAGAUCCAUUCUGAAGCUUUGUCCCAAGGUUUGCCACCUGGACCUUUCUUACACCGACAUUGGGGACACGUCUUUCAAAGGGCUCGAAGAGCAUGGUGCCUGCUCCCAGCUUGAACACAUUGACCUGUCUGGUUGCUCUUGGCUGACAGACGUUGGCCUGUCCCGGCUGGCACGGUGUCUGCUCCAGCGGCGGAGAGCGUUGUUGGACGGGUGUUCCGCAAGUUGUGACCAGUACAGCACCAGUUCACUUUCCUCAAAUCUGUCCUGGAAUUCCCUGGAUGCAUGGGAUGACCCUGCAGCAGAUGUGAAUCGGUGCACCCCUGUCGUCGUUCAUGGCAGGAGUCGCUUUUGUGAUGCUUGCCCAUUCCGGAGCCAUUGCAGUGGCAUCGUUAACCUCUUGUCGGAGCCGGAUCUCUCCGAGUCUGGGGUAGUGUCGCUCAACGCAUCAGCAAAUCGAGAUCUCACACAGGAAGGCUCAAGCGGUGUCGGAGGAUUGAGACAUCUGAAUCUUUCAGGGUGCUUCAGCAUCACAGACAGUGGGCUACUGUUCCUGGCUAACUGGGACCUGCUCAGUCACCUCGAGUACCUUGACGUUUCCGGAUGUUUCCAGCUGACUGGCGAAGGCCUGAGGGAACUCAUGUUGGGCACACCACGUCUGCAGCCCACGAAUCUCUUCUACUGUGACUACGUUGAUAAUGGCCCGUUUCAGGACUCAGCGAACGGCUGCCAGAACUUGCAAUGCUUUUCGCGAGCCUGCUGUCAAUCGGGAGAGUAGCCUACUGCGAAGCACUUCCCUGGAAACAAUCAUCUGUCCUUACCAAAGCUUUACAUGUGAUGCGGAAAACCUGAAUAUUAACCGAUGUGGCGUAACCUCGAAAUGGCACUUGCAGGUAGGCGAGGGUGAUGAACAACUUUUAGAGUUCUAAACGAAUGACAAAGUGGGAUAGUAUGCAUAUGUAUGAUAUAGAAGAUGUGUGCAAAACAAAGUAUGUGUUAGAAAAUGUGGACACUGAACAUGUGCUGACUGGCAGCUGAGCAUAAAAGCAGUAUUGUGUGCAUAUUGUACCCAGACGUGCACUCAAUAUUGCUUCGCUUUAUGUUCUUACACAAGGAAACAUACAAAAAAAUUAUGAACUGCUCAAACCUUCAUGGUGUUACAUGAGAGUGAUUUUAACCAUUUCGGGCGCCAAUCAAUUUUGUCCAUUGAAAACUUAGUAUCACCACAUUCUUUGCGCCUUCACAGUCAUUAAAAGCAUAUUGCGGCAGAACAGAUUAAGAAUUUUCGAUAAUUCAGUAAGUUCUGUGAAGUUUACAAAAUAUAGGAUUCAUGUGUGAGCCCUCCACAAAAUUAUAACAUCCGACAUGUGAACGUCAACCAUUACAUGUCCAGCAAACUUGGAAAAUACCCAUCCAGCCACUUGUAUAAUAUGCCUGAUUUAAAUCAUUGUAUGGAACAGCGAGAGGAGUUAACCACUGCUUGAUAUACUGGCACAAUUGUGUGCACUGCGCCUGAAGUGGUUAAGCUUUUAGGCACCUUAACAUUUGGUCAGAUAAACAUUUGACUAGGUGCAUCGAAUGAGGCAUAUAAACAUUACAUGCCCAUGUGGUGCACGCACAUGCUUUUCUGUACUCCUUCUAUAGCAUUUUGCACGUUUUUAGGAACCUGCAGUUGUUACUCGGCACAUGUGUCCCGUCUUUUCCACUUUGCCGUUUGUUCCUUUGCUAUUUCCACACAGAAUCGGAAAGUUCACUUGCAAGUUUUUGACACGACCAAGGCUUUCGUAUAGGGGAACUAAAAGGCUGAGCUAGAUGGUGCUAGUUCGUUCCGCUAAAAGUCAAAGGAAAAUUACAAGGACCAACAAGGGCUGUAGAAAGGUGCUGACCUUUGCCGGGAAGACAUCCAGUUUGAAUACAGGCAUGCGCGAGAAAAGUUGUAAGAAGUCUCUCGCUUGAUUUAUUUGCGAAGUAUUUUUGCUCAUGCACAUAUACCGGAUAAAUUCGUGUAAGGGCUGCAUUCAUGUAAGGGCCGAAAUUUUUUUGUGCUGUGUACUUCCGCGUUUCGCUACUAGGUGGCGAGAGCUGCACAUUGACCUCUGAUGCAGUGGCACACCCGGGAAUCCGGGAUGUGUACAAGUCACCGGCUGUGCCGGAGCCAGUUUGAGUGAAUUGUUUGGUGUUUCUUAAGGGCCACACCUCGUCAAAAUUGUGAAAGUGCGGCCCUUACAUGACUCUACGGUGAUGUGAGAUGGGCAUCUUUCCUGUACAAGCUCGCUUCACAGUCGGUGUUUGUAUUGAGUUCUUAUUUGACCUUUUCUUUUCUUUUUUCAUGCUAUGGUUGUUUUGUAACCAAGAGGCCUUGAGCAAUGGUGUAGCCAGGAUUUUUUUUGGGGGGGGGGGGGGGGUAGGGGAGGCGGGCAGGGGCAAGCAGGUGUUGUCACAUGUCGUUUUAGACCAAGUAUCGGUGUACAUGAGAUUUCAGAAGGGGUAUGCGUGUCCGGUGUGCUUACCCCUGCUGGCUACACCCCUGGCAAAACAAGGAGGUGAAUCAGACAAAUUGGUGGCAUUUGACAGUUGUGGCAAUGUAGAGACAUAAAAACCAGUUGACAGAUAUACAUUUUUAGCGCUCCUCACAUGUGUAUUCUGGGCGUAACAACGAACAGUUAAGGAUGUUAUGUAGAGGCAGCUUUCUGAGGUUGGAGCUUUUCUAAAAGCAUUGGCAAAAUUUUAGCAUUGUUUCAUAGUCAUGGGUGCAUGUGGUUGAGAAGUGCAGUUGCUUUGACUCCCUUUGUUUCCUUGUGGAAGUCCGCGUUGGGGUGCCAGGCUAUACUGUUGAUCUUGCCCCUUCCGCAGUCAACUGUAAAUAGGUACUGUAUUGACAGAAGGUAGAUAUUCAACCACCUCCCCAUCUACUCGAUGGGGAGCGCAACAUACGAUGAUGUGGUGUUCUCGUCAGCUCGUGUUGUCACGUGAACACUCCCAGCAAGUGGGUAUCAUUUGUUCAAGAAACGUGAAAGCUCCCUUUGGCUAAUGAGUGAUUAGCUGCUGGGAUUUUCGUGGGUGCAUUGUUAUGGUAAUGUCCUGGGACUUUGCUUAUUGUGGUGUAGGGGAUGAGCAUGUUACUGGAAAUGACGUCGCAGUAACCCCAUCACUCCCUUCAGCAAGGUUGAGAUUUUGUCGAGAGGGUUUCGAUCCAUACUGAAGUAGCAUGACAGAUAGGGACAAAGAAAGUAUUGACAUCACGAACGCUUGGGUUAUUCGUAAUAUCUAUUGAAGUGUUUGGGGUGUCAAGUCUUUCUUUGACUUUGCCUGUUGUGCUACCCCACCUCGCAGCGCCAACCUCCUUUGAUUCCUGGAUAAGCCCCUGUGUGAAUACCCCUUAGUCUACCUGAAUAUUCAGAUUAUAAUGCAAGGAGCUAAACUUAAAGCAACAAAAGGUCCUUCAAACUUAAGGUGGCUUGUCUGGCAGGUUUCUUUCUGAACAAAUCCUGGAGUUGGGAGCAUGAGGCCCCAGUUUCUACUUUUACUCUACAUUGUAGGAUACUUCAAAACACUAGGCCUUUCUUGAAACUUGGGGCACUGUUGUUUUAAUGACAGGCUCGAAGCGGGCUGUGGGAAAUAGUACGUAAAAAGGAUGACAUUGUAUAUACUGUAUGUGUAUUUUGUGUGCCUGGAGAUGCACAUAGCAAGUGUGGCUUCUCUGCUAAGCUUUCUGGUCAUUAGUGAUGUUACUCAGCAUUACUGAACUUCAAGGAAAUGAUACUUCUUUGAAACUCCCCUCUUCUGUACAUAUCAGUCAUUUCUGCAGUGCAGUAGCUUUGCUAGAGAGAUUGCUAAAUGAAAUGAGAUAGCUUACAGUAAAGAAAAAAUUUCAAGGCUAUGCAUGCCAUUGGCAUAUAACAUGAAAUAGCAUACAUAGUGGGCUUACAUAAGGAAUGGACCUAAUGUAGUAUCUUGAAUUGGUGACCACAUUCCAAAUGUACAGUUGGUCACAGAAUAUUACAGGACUUGGGUUCCACGAUAAAUGUGAAUUGCUGCUCUGUUGAGGCAUGGCACAUUUAUGGAUCACUGUGUAGGUUGCAAAAGCUUCUAGAGAUUGAAAUUUUCUAUUGGAGACAACAUGCACAAGCAUUGCAUGAAUUCAGCCUUUUCUAAUCCCAAGCCUUAUAAACAUUUGUGGUGGACUGUAGCUAAUUCAGAAGAAAGGUUCUCAACAAUAUUUUGUUGGUGAAUAUGAAUUGUUUAAAAAUAUUGGCAAAAUACACAUUUAGGGUUUAUCAAUAUUUGCUGUUGCCAUUUCAUUAUGGCCUGUAUAUAUAUACCCUCUAAAGAAACACAUUUAGCAUGUGUGUGCUGCAGUGUUUGAUAAUAGACAAGUAUCAUAGCCAGGUCAGUGCGGCUUUUAUAUGAUGUCACGAGUGAGCAUACAAGUGCAAGCAUGUUGCUUGGCUUCCUUUCCAAAUAUUAUCGCUCCAGUCUUCGCAUUUUUAGUCUCAACCAAUAUCUCGCUUUUGUGCCUGGUCAUUAUCUGUAACUGUUUAUUUGGUGGGCCUAUGUAUGCUGUGGGAAUGCCCAAGAUUUUAGGGGGACAAUCAUUCAGAUUUAGGCAAUCGUUCAGAAUUUUGCAUUAAAUGUGCAAGUUAAUCCGCAAGUUUUGUCUGCACCUGGGCAAUGGAGGGAAGAAGUGAAUAUUAUUAUUACUGCAUCAGCAUGACGGUGCUGGCGGUUUGUAUUGGUCAGCUCAAAAGAUUUAAUAGCUACUUCACUGUUGUUUAUGUGUCAUAGGCCACUUUAGUUAGUUUUUCUGAAGAGGUUGUGCUGUGCACCAAAGUUUUCCUGUUGCGUGGUUAAGUGGGCCUCGAAGUACUAGUAUAUAUUGCAGCUUUUUCUUUUGUGUCUGGGACAUUGCCCUUGCAUCAUUUAGCAUCAUUUCACUUCUUUUACUAUACUGCUUAUCUGAACACAAGAACAGAAUGACAGGGAGGGGACACACACUAAGCGUUUGUGUCUUGUGGCUUUUAUACUUGCCUUUCAGCAUUAAUAUAUAUUUGACAUCAUUAAACCAGCUCAUCCAUUUUCCCACCUCAACCUGUUAUCUCUCUUCGCUGAUGCUAAUUUUAGCAUACUGUAAUGUUGUUGCAAAAAGUUGCAGUUACUAGUGGCUAUCCAUUUGAAGAAAGAUUAUGAAGAAUGGUUGUGCAGAAAGCAAUGGACAGUGGUGCUUCGGGGCCCCCUGUGUAUACAGGCUACAUUACAUUUACGUCUUCAUAGUUGUGCUGUUGUUUGUACAACUUUGUUCAGUUGACGCUAGCAUAGCAUAUAAAAUUUCUCAGUUUCGUCGAAGAUAGCCAUUUUUAAGUCGCAAGCAUUGGCGACCUUUGUUCUGGCCCAAUCUGAUCUCUUGAAAAUACAGGCAUUUUUAACUGUAGCAUGAAGGUAGGUUUAGACUUGUCAUCCUGAACAGCGGUAUUGAAUAGAGCCCUUGUGUAGAGUAAGUAUUGCAAGGCAAUCAUUGAUAAUUUUUCUCAGUAAUAAAGAUCUUAAUGUAGCUUCAGUGAACAGUGUCGCCAAGAGUGCUGGACAUCCAUGCGACACCCAUGAACUCCUUGUAGAAACACUUUUAAAAACCUUUCAUUGUGGUGUUGUCACUUCUUAUUUUCUUCUCUUGAUGGCUACUGGGAUAUGACAUGCAUUGUUCUAUAUGCACUAUGCAUUUGUGCUAUUGUAGUGUAACUUUGUUUUUAUAUAAUCUAUUUUAGUGUCAUGCAUUGUGCUGCAGGCCACUGGUAACUCAAUGCAAGUGAGACUUGUUGGUUUAUAGCUUGGCUAACAAUGGGUAUUUAUAAGGAAGAUUUUUUAUAUCAGUGAAUAUCGAUGUAGAGAAGCAAACACAUAAAAGGCAGCGUAGGUGACCGUGGCUAUUAUAAUUCAGCUUCCUUGUCUUCUGAACAUAGGAAGGCAUAUUUGCCCCGAUAAAUAGUAAAAUUCUGAUGUCAUUUGACUGUGUUUCGAGUUCAAUUCAAGGCUUAUCAGUGGUCUGCAGGAGUUUUCACCUUCUAGCACUUGUAUUGUGCUUGUCCUCACAUUUAUAACAUGGAAAUGUUUAGUAACUCGCAGAAGUGUCGCUCUAGUCUGUGGUAGUGAAAGAUUUCUCUUUCUGAAGUGUGUUUUAUGAAGAGCUCAUGACCAAACUUUUCUAACCUUGCCGUGCUGGUCUGAAAGUGUUUUUUUUUUUGCUGUACAUAGUGUACAUAGCAGUGCUGAUGCGUUAUGAGCUAUCUUCUGAGUCUUUAUGUUUGACGCAUAAUCUUGAGUAUUUUCUGUGAUCUGUUAGCACAGUUCUUGCUACAAGUAUCUCUUGUCUUAUCUCCCCUCUCUCCCUGCUUUUUUUUUUUACUAAUUCAACUUGGUUUAGAAUGCUGCUUCCUGUAGUGCCACUUGGGCCCAUUUACAUCAUAUCUAAUUUUCAUGAAUAUAAUGCGAGUCUCUAUUAUAUGCCACAGCCUUAAAAGCACCUCAUGCUUUUUAGAAAUGCACUCCUGUUAAGACGUCAUAUUCUCCUUUUCCUCCAGUUUCAUGCUUAAAUGUGCCAUGCUGUGGUGCCACUAGGGUGGCAGGAAAGGCAACCUCACAGUAGUGGGUGGGGAAUAUCGAGAGGUGAAUGGGGAUGCAGACUUAUGGCAUAAAGGGGUUCCAGCCACAGGGAAAAAAAGUUUUUUUUAGGGAUUAUAAACACACACACACACACACACACACACACACACACACACACACACACACAUAUAUAUAUAUAUAUAUAUAUAUAUGUCAAUAACCUGAUCACUGUAUCAGCAAUGUACACCCACAAUGUGUACAUGUGGGUGUACAUUGGGUGUAUAGCAAACGCAGUUGUCUCGGUGCUUGCAUUUAAGACCCUCGUUCAAGGGCACUGCACUCCUUUUGGGUUAUUUCAGCUUAAUUGAUGGGUUAUCUGUUGCUACACUGUGUGCCAGCUGGGGCACCAGCGCAUACAUAGUAAUGGAUCAUGGUAUAAUGAAUUGCCUGUCCUGUAGUAUAACAGGCACCUUUGUAAGUUGACCAAUAUGGCUGCAUUGUACUCUUCAUUGUUCAGCAUUAUAAUCUUAUUUCUUCAUUUUGUUAGUGAGCUAAAGUGCUUGUUUCACAUUGUAUUCGUGGUUGCAUUUUAUUUGGGAAAAUGUAGUGCUUAAGCUGUUCAGUGCUCGGGACUUCGAGCUUUGCAGUGUUGGCCAAAAAAAUGGAACCUAGUGUAUAAGUUACUGGUGAGCAGUCACAUUGCUGUAGUCCGCUGAGGGAGUGUUUGGCAUGGCUCAAGCGGCACCGCUGACUGAUAUCGCCAUACGCGGUUUAACCCCUAAACUGCUGGGACAAAAUUCGAAAAUUUUUUUAGAAGUGCAGAAUUUUCUUUUAGACAUGCAUAUUUAGCAUCAGUUCUUUCUAAAAUAAUAUAAUACGAGACAUGUCUAUUGUAUAUUUUACCGGUGUUAUUGAAAAAAGAAAGCAAAAGUCAUUGCGUAUUAUUUAUUUGUCACUUCAAAAUUAGAAGAAAUUCCACAUAUAUGCAUGUGGAGCAAUUGCAGAAAGUUCAUGACGAGUUAACCCAUCAUUAGUACCAGAGGACGCUCAAUGUGACAAUGAGUUACCUCGUCAUUGGUAGUUAAGGGUUUAAUGUCUCAUUGAAGUGUCAUGUAGGGACACAUAUUCUGCGAGUUGUUGGAUCCUGCAGCAAUCUGUUUUUUUUUUUUUUUUGCUGCCACCAUUUAUUAUCAUUGGCUCACAUUGCUGCUAACAUAUGUUAACUCCGAUGUUGCUCCCGUCACUUUGACCUAUCUUGUCCUCUUCAACCUGAUUUCUGUCAGGCCUAUGUAUGAUAAAGGAAAUGUCUAUCAGAUAAAUUUUUGAAUUGGCUAAUCCAAAAUAAUGCUACAAAACUUCAGAAUAAAAAUAAAAAUUGUUGUAGAUUGAUAGGAUAGAAACAGCUUGAGGUAGGUGUUGUUGUCGUACUGCUGUUAAGGAAUACCGAGGUAUUGGUAGCUAUGGGGCAUAGCCAACACAUAUUGCUGUCUUUGACCGAGUGAUGGAGAAAUCUUAUUGCGAUGUAAACUGAUCUGUUUACCAGUAAAUGUAAAGGUUUUGGCAUGAGUGAAUCAUUGCAGUACUGUUAUUUUUUCUAGUUUUCAUUCAAGAACAGUUGUGCAACACAUGACUUCUCAUGCAUUAUGGUUGAAUGCAGGCUUCCAAGAAAUUACCUGUAGUGCUGUGGCUCACCUGUAUUGGCAUUAAUACUUCAUUGGUGAUGUUUGCAUAGUGUACUUGCUGAUACCUUUCUGUUGGCUAGAGAAAGGGUGCGACAUUGUUUGUACGUGACAGUUCAGCUUCUUUUGUUCUGCCUUAUUUCUUGUUGCUCUGCUACAAUGGCCAUUGCCGUAAUAUGAAGUUCACCAAUUGCAAUGGGGCUGCACGCUCAUGUUUUAAAUGAAUACACUGCUUAUACAGCCCUGUGCAUCUAUGCAAAAGCACUGUGAAACAUCGUUCCAGCACACAAAUAAACACGGACGAGCAGAGAUGGACAACAAGAACAAAAACCUCCUCUGCUCGUCCAUGUUUAUUUGUGCACUGGAAUCAUGCUUUAUAAUGCUAUUCACAGCCAACUAGUCCAGCUGUCCACAAUUGGCAUCUAUGGAAAAGCACUGCAGUGUCGUGUUGAGAUCUUUCGUGAUGCUCACCAAGACAGUGCUGUGGUAUGGGCUGUUCAACUUGUGUUUUUAUUGGCUUCUUUGUCGUAUUAGGCUGCGGUUGUUCUUUACUUGCAGUAUUUGUGCCAUUGCUUCAUUUAUGCAUUGGAUACAGUUGAUCCUGUGAAAGGCUUGCGAUGAUCAGGAAGCUCCUGGCUAAGUCAUUGUAACUCUGGGUGCAUUAAAGGCCCAUUGCAAUGAAAUUUUGCUUUGGUUAAAUUGGUUAUAAAUGGGUAGUAUAUACCACUAAAGCAAUCUUGGCAAUGCUGAAGGCUGGUAAUUCUGUAAUUUUCUUAUUACCAGCCCUUGAAAAGUACCUAAGCAGAUGGUGCUUGUACCUCGUGGUCAGUAUCCAUGAAGGAAGUUCCAGCACAUCGCCUCCGAGAUUUCUUGGUGCACCGCGGACACCCUCUGAUCUUGGAGUUCAUGCCGAAGAGCUGUGCAUUGUAGGUCAUGCAUCACUUUUGGCAAGCUAUAAUGGUGCCAUUAUUUUUUCGUUUUUUUUUUAAUGCUUUCACUCAUACUUUAAACGUCAUAUUUUGCAUGGAGGCUCUUCCAUACGUACACUUAUCUUAAACUAGGCUUUUUUUAGGUCCAAUAUUUCAUUGCAGUUGGUCUUUUAUAGAAAGUUCUGUUAAUGUUUAGCAGCAGCUCUUUUCUUGUAUUUUCUUGCAUAACUUACUGCUUGUGUGGCUAGUUAGCAGAGAAAGACGUGAUAUUUUCAUCUUAUUUUGCGGAGCACUUUAAUUCCUGUAUAUUGUUGGCAUGUAUAUGGGUUGUACUUUGCUCAUUUCGCUGCUUCAUUUUUCCUGUUUUAUUGUUUCUGGGUCUUGUAUAUGCACCACUGAGUUUCGCAGUAUGUAAAGACACUACACUGCUACACUGUUAGUAAUCCACCGUACCUUUUACAGAUGGCUUCAUUUUCUGUGCAUUGUGUAGAGGGUGUUGUAAACACAGAGUCCCAUCAUUGACUAUAUUCCAGACUGUACUAGAUUGUGUUUGCCUGCCUUAUUAGACAGAGAAGCACAUCUUUUUUAGGAAAUCUGCUGGAUCACUAUCACAUUAUGAUGUACACUUUCAUAUCCUGAAUGUGGGUCUGCCAAGGCCUUUUAAUGUGCUUUGCAGAGAGUAUAUUGACACAACACGAGACAUGGUUGAACUGGGACAUGAAGAGAAGUGUGGCGUGGAAUUUGCGCUGAGGUGUUACAGACUUGGACUGAGCUCAAAACGAAGUAGAAAUUUCGUUCUUGGGCUUUGGAUUUAGCGACACCUACUGCUAGCUAUGUUUGCUGGACACUGUAUGCAGAAUCCGUUUGUAAUGACACAGAGUUUGAUGCUGGUUGCAACGUGUUGUUGGUAUAAGUUACAGGGGGCUUUGUUGUAAAGCUGCUUUAUGAGUCCUUGUAUACUUUUUAUGAGUUUCUUGACCUGUUGCAAUAAAAUCAAAACUUCUAAUGAGCAAUAACUGA